AAACCCUUCUAGGAAAGGGUCAAAAUGAAAUGAGUCAUCAUUCAUUUCCUCUCCUUAUUGGUUGCAGACCUUCUUAUGCUUAAGUCUUUAACUAACUGCCUCUCCACAUGCAUAAGAAAAUAUAAAUACGUACGAAGACAGUUGUGCUUUGCAUCUACUUGUUUCAUCCUUCUCUCCCUAGAAUUUCAUUUCUUUGUUGUAAGCUUCAGAGCUUUGUUUCUGUUUAGUAAGGAGAUAGUUUCCAUUCUCAAUGGCUGAAUGUGGAACAGAGCAGCGUACUUUGGAAGAUACCUCAACUUGGGCUGUUGCGGUUGUUUGUUUUUUCUUGGUUGUUAUUUCAAUCUUCAUUGAACAUGUCAUUCACCUCACUGGAAAGUGGCUGGAGAAAAGGCACAAGCCAGCUCUUGUUGAAGCUCUAGAAAAGGUUAAAGCAGAGCUUAUGCUAUUGGGAUUCAUAUCCCUACUUCUAACGAUAGGCCAAGAUGCUGUCACUCAAAUUUGUGUUUCGAAAGAGCUUGCAGCAACUUGGCUUCCCUGUGCAGCAAGAGCUAAAACAGGAGUAAAAGUUGCGAAGAACAGUCGUCUUAGACUUCUUGAAUUUUUAGAUCCUGACUAUGGUUCGAGGCGUAUUUUAGCCUCGAAAGGAGAUGAUGCAUGCGCUAAGAGGGGCCAACUCGCUUUCGUGUCGGCAUAUGGAAUCCAUCAGCUCCAUAUUUUCAUCUUCGUAUUGGCUGUCUUCCAUGUCCUGUACUGCAUCAUAACUUUGGCUUUUGGCAGAACAAAGAUGAGCAAAUGGAAGGCCUGGGAGGAUGAAACCAAGACAAUUGAAUACCAGUACUAUAAUGAUCCAGCAAGAUUUAGAUUUGCUAGAGAUACUACGUUUGGACGCCGACACUUGAGCUUCUGGAGUCGUACACCAAUUUCCCUCUGGAUUGUUUGUUUCUUCAGACAGUUCUUUGGAUCAGUUACCAAGGUUGAUUACAUGACACUGAGACAUGGAUUCAUUGUUGCACAUCUUGCACCCGGAAGUGAAGUAAAAUUUGAUUUCCACAAAUACAUUAGCAGAUCUCUGGAAGACGACUUUAAAGUUGUUGUGGGGAUUAGUCCCGCAAUGUGGCUAUUUGCUGUUCUCUUCAUCCUAACCAAUACAAAUGGGUGGUAUUCAUAUCUAUGGCUGCCUUUCAUCUCCUUAAUUAAUGCAUUUCAGCUUGCCUUCUUUGCUUGGACCACAUAUGCAUUUAAGUGGAUGGGUUGUUUCCAUCAGCGAGUUGAAGAUAUUGUCAUCAGACUCUCAAUGGGGGUUAUCAUACAAGUUCUCUGCAGUUAUGUCACACUCCCACUCUAUGCUUUGGUUACUCAGAUGGGCUCUAACAUGAGACCAACCAUUUUCAACGACCGAGUGGCGACGGCAUUGAAGAACUGGCACCACUCAGCCAAGAAGAACAUGAAGCAGCACCGCAACCCAGACAGUACCUCACCAUUCUCAAGCAGGCCAGCUACUCCAACUCACGGCAUGUCUCCUAUUCACCUUCUGCACAAACAUCAGCAUGGCAGCACAUCUCCCAGGCUAUCCGAUGCCGAACCCGAUCGUUGGGAAGAGUUGCCUCCUUCUUCACACCAUAGUAGAGCCCCCCAUCAUGAUAAUCAUCAAGAUCAACAAGAACAAUCUGAGACAAUAAUUAGAGAACAGGAGAUGACAGUUCAAGGACCAAGUUCAAGUGAAACCGGUUCCAUAACACGUCCUGCUCGCCCUCAUCAGGAAAUCACUAGGACUCCAUCAGACUUCUCAUUUGCCAAAUGAUUUAGCCAUGGGAGAUGAUUGGAUCAUCAUCCAGAUCAGAUAUUCUUGCAUGUUCUUCAUGUACAGGGCGCAGCAGCAAAUACUACAUCUGUAUAAUCUUUAUACACUUGAAAACAAUAUGAUCAACUACUUCCACAGCAACUACCUUCUCUUAUUGUGCUUCAUAUAGGCAGAAAACAACCAACUGCUUUUCCCAAUUUUUCAAGAGUAUUAAUUUACAAAAACUCAUUCUUUUCCCCUCCUCCUCCUCCACACCAAUGUCCAAUUUUUUGUACUUCAAUAAAAUGUUCCAAUCUAAAACAAAACGAUGUCAAGGAGUAUUGUAUACCAAUUACUGUUAAGUUUCCCACUAAUAUUAAAUUUUGUAAAAAGCUUAGAAAAAUGGUUGAUUGAACAGACAAUGCUUAUCUUCAUUGGAAAUUUUGAGCA